AUUUGCUGUUAAAUCUCGUCCUUUGCUGGUAACUGAUCAGGUUACAGAAUGCAUUGACACAACAGUCGGCUUCAAUGCGUUAUAACCUUUCUGAGGAGGAGAGAAAAGGAGAGGGAGGGAGAGACAAAAAAAAACAGACCGAGAGAGGGCGGAAUUGGAGAAAGCUUUGGAGUAGUAGAGUGAUUUCAAAAAAUGUGAAGUCUCCAAAGAAAUCUUUCAGAGGGCUGGCUGCGUGUCUGACAGUGGAGAAGAGAUUGUACAUGAAAGGACCGACAGGCUCACUUAUCUGAAAGCCAGCAGCAGGUGCAGAUAAGUCAGAGCCACAGCUUGUUAUGGGAUUCCUCCUACUUUGGUUCAAAAUAUGGAAAGUCUUGGGAACAGCGUGAAAAAGAAAGCAACUGAGAGGCAUUACAAGGCAGAGGUGCUAAUUACAGGGGAGCAAUUAAGGCUCCGUCUCCAUGAUGGAAAGUUAAUCAAAGAUCGUCGCUAUCACCUGCGGACCUAUCCAAACUGCUUUGUUGCGAAAGAGUUGACUGAUUGGUUGAUAGACCAUAAAGAAGCACCAGAUAGGGAAACCGCCAUAAAAUUAAUGCAAAAGUUAAUGGAUCAUAACAUCAUUCAUCACGUUUGCGAUGGACAUUCAGAAUUCAAGGAUGCAAAGCUUCUGUACAGAUUCCGAAAAGAUGAUGGGACAUUCCCUUUAAAUAAGGAAGUAAAGGUGUUCAUGAGAGGUCAAAGUUUGUAUGAAAAGUUGCUAAAUUCUGAGAACACAGUCAUGAAGGUACAAGAGGAAGGUGGGGUGAGGUAUCAGCGCACUGUUUUUGGCUGCGAAAUCAUCGACUGGCUGUUACAAGAAGGAGAAGCCUCAACACGAAAGGAAGCCGUGGAACUCUGUCACCGGCUGCUUGAACACGGAAUCAUACAGCACGUCUCAAGCCGUCACCACUUUUUUGACAGUAACUUACUGUACCAGUUCCGCAUAAACUUUCGCCGCAGACGCAGACUAACUGAGCUUUUGAACGAAAACGCGUGGAUGGCACAGGAGUACCACGACAGCCCCUUCUGCCUCCGCAAGCUGAACCCGGAACAAGGCAACUCCAGUUUUCUCUCAGUGCAACCCAACAAGGAGAUAAAGGUUGUCUCUGCUGUGCGUCGAAGCAGUGUUAGCUCUGCAGUGGCAGGAGGGACAGUCUUUUACACCACAACACCCAGUCUGCCUUCAGUGGAGUGUAACCCAAAAUCAGUGUUGAAGAGGCUUGUCACCAACGAGGAACUCUUGUCACCUGGAGCACCUUACUUAAAGAAAACAUUAACUAUUGUGGGCGACGCUGUGGGCUGGGGCUUUGUGGUGCGAGGAGGAAGACCGUGCCAUGUUCAGGCGGUUGACCCAGGAGGACCAGCUGCUGCAGCCGGAAUAAAGGUCAGGCAGUUUGUUGUCUCUGUGAACAGUGCACAGGUAAUGCAUUUGGAGUAUAAAACAGUCAGCAACCUGAUCAUGACUGGCCCACGCACUCUGGUGAUGGAAGUUAUGGAAGCAGUGGAGUGACACAAUUUGUGUUGAAAACUCGAAGAGCUGGUUACAUUCUCAAACCUGUCGUUCUGAGAAAUCAGGUGUUUCAAUGACUGUAUUUCUUCCGCCAAGAAAUUGUUCACCCGUUCCGUGACUGUUUGCAUCAUAAAUUGAUGUUUUUUUCUUCAAUUAUCCCCCUGUUUAUUCUUCAUAGGGAUUCCCAACUUUAUUAAAAUCAUCCAAGAACUGUGCUCAGAAACUACUGCAAGGUUUAACCGUUUGAUUUAGGGCAAUUAGACCAUGUCAUGUCAUUUACUGCCUAAACUUUGUUUUUACUGUAAUAUUUGUCAAAAGGUGGCAAAUAAAUCUGCAGAAUUAGCCCGUAUAACGCCGCGCAGCACAGUAAUGGCUCCCAAUGAAAGGAAGCUGACUCUGAGCUAGAUCGGAACCUCUAACAUUAUCACUCCCUCCAGCAUGUUACUGGCAAAGUGUAAAGACUGGCCGAGCUCCCAGUUUCCAUUUCACUACAGAAAACAUGACCACCUGAGUCUGAAACUAGCAGAAAGGACAGGGUUUUAAUUCACUGAUAUUUGUAAAAGAAAAGUGUUCCUCUGAUUAAAGAAAUGAGUACCCUCAGCCUUUGAGACUGCAACCCCCAGUCCCUUCAUCUCAUUCCCUCCCUUGCCUCCUUCAAAGCUCGCCUCAAGACCCUCCUCUUUGACCGACCGGGCCUUAGGUCAUCUUCCUACCCCCUACUCUCCUGCCAUUUCAAAAUUAAGGCUUUAUUUAAGAAUUUGCCAAAUUCUGAGCAUUCUAUUGCUACUUUUAAGAUAAUAAACUUAGACUCAUUAGGAACAUCUCCCCACACCCGCAUUGUACACUAAAUAUAGUUUUCUUUAAUAUUAUUAAUGUAUUCAAGUUUUGAAACAUUUAAAAUAAAAUAAGUGUUGUCUUAA